AUGGCGUUUGGGGUUUUACACUCAGAGAGGUACAUCUGGUACCAAAGUCUGAAAAAAGGCUCUAUCCGAAGUUUCGACGAGCUGGCAAGAGCUUUCCGAACUCAUUUCGUGCCGAGCAUAGAACAUAAAAAGAAGUCCAGUGAUCUCAAACUUUGCUAUCAGAAACCCGGAGAAAGCUUGCAGAGUUUCAUCAGCAGAUUUAAUGCCGAAGCUGUCGAGGUAGGAAACCUGAAUGAUGAUACCGUAAUAGACGCGAUAAAGGAUAAUACAACAAUAAUGGCGUUCCGAGAGAACCUGAUAACGAAUCCAAAAAGCCGCACAAACAACGGCGCAGCCUCAGGCACCGAGACUGACCUUCAGUCAGACUGCCAGGCAGGACAGUUAAGGCCAAGAGACAAGCGGCAACCCAUGCCCCCUCGAAUGGAGCCGCACCGGCCGGUAAAAGUAGAAGACCAAGCCUUCAUUCCACUCCACACGCCGAGAUCACACAUUCUAAUGUGGAUUCAAAACAACAAUGAACCUGUCGGUCGCUUAAAAGACUUCGUAGCACAGAACAUAAGUUAUAUCUCGGGAGGAGACAACCGAGGAGAGCAUAGCAGAAAGAGGGAGGAGGCACCACCUCCAAAAAGGCAAAAUGUAUCAGGAGUAAUUAACACCAUAGCUGGAGGAAUGGCUGAUCCAGAAUACAAACGAGGCAGGCGCAAAAGGCAAAAAAUGGUGAUGAACAUAUCGGUAGCAAAACCUUUACCCGAGGUCAGCUUCGCCCCAGCCGAUGGCGAAGGAAUAGACUUUCCCCACCAAGACCCCUUGGUAAUCUCGGGUCUAAUAGAAAAUUUCUGGGUAAUGAGACAGUUUGUGGAUGAAGGAAGUUCAGUUAACCUCAUCACAAAGCAAGCAUACAUCGGUAUAGGAUGCUCGGUCCUAAACCUCAAGCCGGUCAAAACCCCUCUAGUCGGUCUGGGAGGAGCACCGGUACGAGCAGAAGGAGUAGCAGAAUUAACGGUAGAGCUAGGAAAAGAAAAUGGUACACUAAAAGGAGGCUUAGUCGGUAUCACACAAAAAUUCAAAAUACUAUUCAUGGUCGUCGAUAUGCCACUUGCCUACAAUGUUAUAAUCUGCAGAUCAAUGUUAUACAACACCGGAGCAGUCACAUGCAUCAAAUACCUGUCAAUGAAAAUUCCUAUCGAAGAGGGAGUGGUGACAGUCAAAGGGAGGCAGGAUAUAGCUAAAUAG